AUGAGCCCUAAUUUGUUCCUGUGUUCUCUUUCAGGUCCUCCCAACAACCACCACAGUCAAUCUCUGCGGCCGCCGCUCCCUCCUCCUCACAACCACCACCAGUCGUCAGCCAGCUCCCUGAACCCCAACACCCUGGCCAGCCGUCGCGGCCCAGCCCACGCCCCCUCGGCGGCCCCCGGGGAGGGUCCCUCCACGCCAGAGUCAGUCCAGCUUCAGGACAGCUGGGCGCUGAACAGCAGCGUGCCCCUGGAGACCAGGUCAGUUACCCUAUCACCCCGCCCGCCUGCCAUGUUGAUGUUUGGACACCUUCCCUGUUUAGGGGGACAGGAAAGCAUUCUGCUUCCUAUCAGUUCCUUGUACUGUUCAGUUUGUUGUAUUUAUCCAGGUGACAGAGGUCUCAAUCUUGGACUUAAAGCCUCUGGUCAGGUUUGUGGGUGCCCAGCUGGUAGAGCUCUCAACCCAACAUCCCGUCCUGCCGUUGCCCAUCUUCACACGCUGCCACACUGGCACACAGGCAGAGGCCCCGCCCGCUGCUCUCCCUCUGGGGUUCUGUGACAUAGAAGCUGGUGUCCUCCUCUCUCCCUCUGUUCUGUCUUUUGUUUGGUGUGCGGUUGCCGUGGUGUGCGGUUGCCGUGGUGUGCGGUUGCCGUGGUGUGUGGUUGCCGUGGUGUGUGGUUGCCGGGCUUAUGCUAGGCUGUGGGCCCCUCCUCGAUGUUCCCAGAUCACACCCCAAACACGCUGCGUGCACAAUUCAUGAGGCCGGGACUACAGGGCUCGUCUCUCAGAUGUUUUAUUCACCGGGAGCACAGGCGCAGCUCCUGCUAUGCCUGCUACCGCCGGGCGCUUCUACCUACCUGCUCCCUCCUCUCCAAAAUGGAGCCUGGCGCUUCUACCUACCUGCUCCCUCCUCUCCAAAAUGGAGCCUGGCGCUUCUACCUACCUGCUCCCUCCUCUCCAAAAUGGAGCCUGGCGCUUCUACCUACCUGCUCCCUCCUCUCCAAAAUGGAGCCUGGCGCUUCUACCUACCUGCUCCCUCCUCUCCAAAAUGGAGCCUGGCGCUUGAGUCACAGCCAGAAUGCCUCCACAAAGAGAGGAAAGUCGUUAGAUUUUUUAUUUUUUUUACUAUUGGAACUCCAAAUUAUCAUAUUACUGUACACAGUAUAGAUAUUUAUAAAUGUUUCUAAAUUCCAUCAUGUUUUCUGAGAUGCACCAGAAUAAUGACUUACUGCUCAGGAGGGUGGGGCUUCAAUUCCUGGUUUGGUGUAUUACUGUAGCAGCAUGAGUUGUGUUCUGCUGUUUUUCAGGUUUUUUAGACCAUAUAUUACCCCCAAACGUCUCCUGGAUGGUGGUUUGUUAGCUGGUUUCAUAGGAUUUAUGACCUCCCUUUUUUAGAGUGGACCGACAGCACAUCAUUGCUCUCCAAUCUCCUCUUCCUACGCAGUGUUUCCCCUAGGAGUUUUUUCAGCAUUGUUGGCAAAGGUGUGGUGGCAAGGGGGGGGGGGGGGGGGGGGGGGUUAUUGGUUGCUCUUUGCUGAGGGGGUCAUUUUUUUGUAGAACGAAUGUGUAAAGGUAAUUUCUGGUGACUUAAAAAAAAAUACAUUCUACUCCAAAAUGCAUGAAAAUACAAUUGUGUUGACACCAUCGGAAAUAUGGUAUCCAUGAGUUCAUUUGACUCUGGAUAAGUAGAAAGGGGGCUUAGUUGAAAAAAACGCACACUAUCCCUUUAAAAGCGUGUCUCGGCAGAAUGCACACAUGCAAAGAACACACACAAAACAGUACAACAACACUGCAUCUUUCCCCUCACUACCCCCUUCCUCCUUGCCCUUCUACCGUCCCCCAGCUUCCCUGUUCCCAUCGCCCCUCUCCCCCUGCCACCUCAGUGCCUGUUCUCAGCAGGCAGAUUAAUAUAGCUUCUGUCGGGGCAUAUGGGCCUGACCUCACACACUUCAGUUCAUAUUUCUUUGUCUUUCAGAUGCCCCUGUCUAGGGCGUCUUGCAGUGCUAGCACUUUUAACUUAGUUUCACCCAUUAAUACUGCUUGCUCUUUACAGUCUCCCUCAUAGGAACAAAACGGCAUUUCAGCUGGGGCCUGACCCUUUACCCUAUGACCUGGAACCACCAGCCAUGCUGUCCAUCAUACUGCCAUGGAGAUAAUAUGACUCAUACAGUACAUUCAAACACACACACACACACACACACACACACACACACACACACACACACACACACACACCUGCAGGGAGGCAUUGACUUGGGUUUUUGCAGUGGAGCAAAUCAACUGUAUAAAGCUUACCAUUAUUGUACAUGACUACAGUAGAAACAUAGUGUACUAUCUUAUAGCAUUCCCUGCUCUAGUCUUUAUAGGCCACGGAACUACAGUGCAUAAAUGAGCAGCAAAAGUAUUCAAUGUUAUCCAUAAAGGAUCCAAUUGGGGAUACUUCCAAUUCCCAUGUGUGGCUCUGUAAAUUGUACUUCAUUUACCCAUUCGUUUAGAGGAAUUAUAGGCCUACUGUAUAUAGGAUGUGGUCUAUGAAUAGACGGAUCGUAGCAGGUUUCUUUUUCCUCAUAACUUCUGUCAUACUCCAGGGCCCAGUCUCACCACAUUCCAGAAAAGAAAUAAUAAAAUCCCCAUUACCCUGAGUCGCUGGCCGCUCCGCUCUCUCCCUGUCUCCCCAUGGUCUUGUUUGAGACGCCUGGACCAUUCCUCUCUCUCUCUCUCUCGCGCUCUCUAUCUCCAGAUUGAAUGUCCUCCUCCAGCAGUCGAUUUCUGCUGAGGAGCCCUGAGGAGCCCAAUUAAACUGGGUGUAGCGAGUAGCGACCAUGUCUGCAAUGGUGCUGUAGGCCUAUUGGGGUUUCUCCUAUAUUCUUAACAACGGAAUGCAUAGCAUGCAUUCAGUCCAUUUGCAAAGACAUUUGUUAUUUACAUUUUAGUCAUUUAGCAGACGCUCUUAUCCAGAGCGACUUACAGUUAGUGAGUGCAUACAUUUUCCAUACUGGCCCCCCGUGGGAAACGAACCCACAACCCUGGCGUUGCAAGCACCAUGCUCUACCAACUGAGCUACAGGAGGCUCAUUAGCCUCAUCUGGCAUGUAUAAUAAUAUGAGCCCUACCUGCCCUUGUGGUCCUCUGUAGCUCAGUUGGUAGAGCAUGGUGCUUGCUACACCAGGAUAGUGGGUUCGAUUCCCAGGACCACCCAUACUUAAAAUGUAUGCACGCAUGACUGUAAGUCGCUUUGGAUGAAAGCAUAUGCUAAAUGGUAUAUAAUAUUAUUAUUAUUAUUAUUACUACUACUAGUGUAUGUAGGCUAUUAAACGACGCUCAAAGUCUGCUCACAACGUAGUAUUAAAGCUCACUGUGAUGUUUAAUAUUGUAUGGCUCAUGCAAUAUGAAGACCAAGCCACUGAUUGUGGUAUUAUUAUGGUAUUAUUGUGGUAUUAUUGUAGUAUUAUUAUGGUAUUAUUGUGGCAUUAUUGUGGCAUUAUUAUGGCAGUAUUGUGGCAUUAUUGUGGUAUUAUUGUGGUAUUAUUGUGGUAUUAUUGUGGUAUUAUUGUGGUAUUGUUGUGGUAUUAUUGUGGUAUUAUUGUGGUAUUAUUGUGGUAUUAUUGUGGUAUUAUUAUGGCAUUAUUAUGGCAUUAUUAUGGCAUUAUUGUGGUAUUAUUGUGGUAUUAUUGUGGUAUUAUUAUAGUACAUACUGGUACUGUAUUACCAUGUAAGUAUUGAAAACUGCCAUGUUAAAUAGUAAUGUGUUUGUAGCUUGUUCAAUUUCCAAAUGGAGAACAUUUGUAGCUUGGAGGACAUUUUUUAUGCAAUUUUUUCACUGUUUCAACCCCACUAAGACCCAGUCUCUCAACUGUGACCUCUGAGCUACGCUAUGUAAAUUAUUUUUCUCUGUGUUCAACUGCCGCAUUGUGAUUGGCUGUUGUUGAAGUCUUCAAAGGUUGGUUGAUUGAUUUGAUUUGAUUUGACAGUUUUAAAAAGUAUAUAUCUAUAUGGGCCGGGAAAACAGCCCUAAUGUUGAAAACAAACAUUGUUGUCAUCCAGAGUCACAUUUAUUUAUUUUCCAAGCUAUAGCAUCACAAUAUUUUACAUACAGCAAGUUUUUAAAGGACCAAAGAGUUAUGUCUGAUUGGUGUUUUCAUUUUUGCCAUGGAAACAAUAUUGUGAUACUGGUAUCGUCACAGCCCUUAUAUAGGCUGCACACACUACAUACACUAAAAAAGUAGUUAGGGAUAACACAAUAAAGUCAGUGGCUUAUUUCCAUUGUGGUCCCUUAAAGUGCAUGGUGCAAUACAUUACAUAGAGAAAUGGAGAUGUAUUGCACCUUUGCAAGGUCACUCAAUUCCUUCUGAAGGUAGUAGAGCCCCACUAGGGGUUCAACUCUUGUAUACAGCCUCGUUAUUGGUAUUUUGUCUUAGUAUUUCCUUUUUUUUUUUGCAUGUUUCUUACUAUUUAACUCUGCGUUGUUGGUUAAGGGCUCGUAAGUAAGCAUCUCACAGUAAAGCCUACACCUGUUGUAUUCGGCGCAUGUGACACAUUUGAUUUGAUUUUUAACUCCCAAACCUUUUGAUGUUGAUUUUUAUUCGAUUAGAUUGACUGGGCUCUGGCACUUUCAAUGCGGUCAGAUGGUUCAGUGUCUUAACACCUAGCUGAGUGUGUUGCAGACAGGCCCUGCUUGCCUACCGUCCUGGAGGUGCUGGUAUUGAGCGAGAUCGAGAAGCAGCUAGAACCUCCAACAGAGCCCUCCGUGUCUCGAAUGCCAACCACGGUUCAUUACAACAUAUCUCUUGCCCUUCAUAGCUUUACCAUGAUGUCCUGGUAUAUCUGGCAGAAUACUAAUAAGGCUUGACUCCAGUUGAAUUCCUGUUCAUUAUCUGUAAAAUCUCCAUUUACUUGUUAAUCGCUGUUGCUUUUCACGCCCUCCCCCGAGGAUGAGACAAGUGUUUAAUGUAAAAGAGAGACUUUGAGCACAGUUUUGUUUUUCCGUCUUAUUUUGUUCUGUUUGGUUUGGUUUUGUAUUCGUCGGUGGUUCUGUUUAACUGUCUGGCUUGGUUUUGUAUUCGACGGUGGUUCUGUUUAACUGUCUGUGUGGGAUUAACUCCUCUCUGAGUGGCAUGUUGUGACCAAUUUGCAAACAGGAGCAGGAAGGAAAGAAAAUACUUUCACCCUAAGUGCUACUUAAAAAUGAUUAUAGGCAAACAUUUAGAUAAGUAAAUACAAAGAUAAAAAUACAAAAACGUCUCAUCUGAAACGGAAUAGCUUAGACCCAUUAGGUGGGAUUGGUUUCCUCUUCUUCUUUUACUUCUUCAAAACAAAUCUAGUCAUCAUUCAAAUGCAGCGUUAAUGCUCUCUCUCUCCUCUGUUCAAAUAUGCAGGUGUUUGAUAUUGUGUGUUAUCUAAAGCAAUUCACGUUUUGAAAGCCUUUUUAUUAUAGGCUCAUUUUGUCCUAUAAGGCAUUUGGUUGGUAUGUUCACUGCAGGUCAACUGUCAGCUAUGACCUUCAUAUUCUGUACUUAGUCACAUAGAAAUGGAUGAUUCAGAACUGAAGGUUAUGUGAGGAGGUGUGAGAUCUGAACGUUAUCUUGGGCUAAAGUGGUAUUUUAAUAACCGCUGAAUAGCAUGUACAUUUUGUUGACAGAUUUGGACCCAAACUGCAAUCUUUGUCAUGUCAGGAGAGAGAAUAUGAUCUAGUGUAUGUUGUGAGAAUAUUGUAUUGUAUGAUUCAGAUGAUAAUAUCCACACAUAAUGAACUGUGAUGUAUCAUCCAUCUCCUCUCUUCAAAGCCAUUAUACCAUCUCUGUUUUGCUUUGCAAAGCAGUCUCUGACAACGGCUAUAUAACUAGUGCCCUGGUGGAUAAAAUAUGAUUGAUUUAUAGAUUAAUUUACCUGGUGCCUGCCAUUGUUGCAUUGUUGCCUGCCAUUGUUGCAAUUAACAUGCAUCUAGCUGAGAGGAUAUUCUCUCCACUAACGCAGUGUGAUGUGAUGGCCAUGGCCAGCGGCCUGCCUGCCUGCCUGCCUGUCACCAUGGUACAAGUAAUUAAUCAGGCAGCUUCGGCGGGCAGGCCAGGCUAAGGGGCAGGACGCUAACCUCGGCCGUGUUUUCAUUAGCGCACGGACACAGCAGUCAGGAAGGGCUGCUGGGGGAGACGGGUCAGAGGUCCCAGUGUCACUCCUCUCCCAGUGUAAUACAUUCUCAGGUUGCCACGGUGACACCGCUUUUCACUGUCUUCAUCCCCUUUACACUUAGGAGGAGGCCUGGAGAAUGAUACUCUGAGACCUGGAGAAUGAUACUCUGAGGCCUGGAGAAUGAUACUCUGAGACCUGGAGAAUGAUACUCUGAGGCCUGGAGAAUGAUACUCUGAGACCUGGAGAAUGAUACUCUGAGACCUGGAGAAUGAUACUCUGAGGCCUGGAGAAUGAUACUCUGAGACCUGGAGAAUGAUACUCUGAGACCUGGAGAAUGAUACUCUGAGACCUGGAGAAUGAUACUCUGAGACCUGGAGAAUGAUACUCUGAGACCUGGAGAAUGAUACUCUGAGAUCUGGAGAAUUAUACUCUGACACCUGGAGAAUGAUACUCUGAGACCUGGAGAAUGAUACUCUGAGACCUGGAGAAUGAUACUCUGAGACCUGGAGAAUGAUACUCUGACACCUGGAGAAUGAUACUCUGAGAUCUGGAGAAUGAUACUCUGAGAUCUGGAGAAUUAUACUCUGAGACCUGGAGAAUGAUACUCUGAGACCUGGAGAAUGAUACUCUGAGACCUGGAGAAUGAUACUCUGAGACCUGGAGAAUGAUACUCUGAGACCUGGAGAAUGAUACUCUGAGACCUGGAGAAUGAUACUCUGAGACCUGGAGAAUGAUACUCUGAGAUCUGGAGAAUGAUACUCUGACACCUGGAGAAUGAUACUCUGACACCUGGAGAAUGAUACUCUGAGACCUGGAGAAUGAUACUCUGACACCUGGAGAAUGAUACUCUGAGAUCUGGAGAAUGAUACUCUGACACCUGGAGAAUGAUACUCUGACACCUGGAGAAUGAUACUCUGAGGCCUGGAGAAUGAUACUCUGAGACCUGGAGAAUGAUACUCUGAGAUCUGGAGAAUGAUACUCUGAGACCUGGAGAAUGAUACUCUGAGACCUGGAGAAUGAUACUCUGAGGCCUGGAGAAUGAUACUCUGAGACCUGGAGAAUGAUACUCUGAGGCCUGGAGAAUGAUACUCUGAGACCUGGAGAAUGAUACUCUGAGACCUGGAGAAUGAUACUCUGAGACCUGGAGAAUGAUACUCUGAGACCUGGAGAAUGAUACUCUGAGAUCUGGAGAAUUAUACUCUGACACCUGGAGAAUGAUACUCUGAGACCUGGAGAAUGAUACUCUGAGACCUGGAGAAUGAUACUCUGAGACCUGGAGAAUGAUACUCUGACACCUGGAGAAUGAUACUCUGAGAUCUGGAGAAUGAUACUCUGACACCUGGAGAAUGAUACUCUGACACCUGGAGAAUGAUACUCUGACACCUGGAGAAUGAUACUCGGACACCUGGAGAAUGAUACUCUGACACCUGGAGAAUGAUACUCUGACACCUGGAGAAUGAUACUCUGAGGCAUUAAUGGCCAACUGGAAAGUCAGCAUGUGUGCAUCGUAGUAGGCUGAAAUCAUAUUUAAUACAACCAAAAUGGGGAUCAACCCAUCACGUACAUUAAACAUAUCCUUUGAUGUAAUCCCUUUGAUCGCCCCUCACGGUUUCUCUGUUGAUAUAAGACAUAUAUACGGUAUAUAUAAUAUAUUAUGUUCAGACAAACCAUCACUCAAGGUGUUUAUUUCACUGUACACAGGUGGGAGAUUAUUCGAGUGAAUUGAAGGUUGAUUAUUAGGUCACGUUUCAGAGACCUUGGGUUUAGUGGGGUGUGUUGAUCUCAGCAGCUAGCCAUCAUUUGAUAUUGACUGGUGGGGAGACAGGCUAGUCAGCCCACUUUAUCAGCACUAUUCCAGGUGAGAAAAUGCCGAUACACAAUCAUCAUGGCUAUGAAAACAGGCUGUUGCCUUGAGCAGGUUUCACAGUUGACCUUGACUGCCUGUAAAGCCCAACGUUAGACUGAUCACAAAUGUAAAGACUGACAGAGACACGUCGAGGUAGGGCCUUGAGUUAUGAGACCUGCACAAGCCUCCUACAGCUUGUUUCUGCAACUAACCAGUUAUAAAAAAAAAUCUCGCUCAGCCUCACUUUUUCUCUCACUCAUAUCUAAGUCAUUUCGGGCUUCCUUCCCCAUCCUUGCUGGAGCCGUGGAAGGAGAUCUGAGAGGACAGUGCUUCUGGGUUUUAGUGUGGGGAAGCAGCUUGCGAGAGCUUCUGACCUGCAUCAAAGCGGCGCGGUCAACUGUCUUCCACUUUCAUCCCAAUCCCAUCUGCCUCCUCGUAGACCUCCCCUGGCCCGCCGCCCACCUGGCUCAGGGCACCGGCCUGGCACUGUGGUCUGCCCGUAGCCAAGCCGGGCACCGGGCACGGCCCACAGAGUCAGACUGCCUCUCUGACUGCAAAGAGGGCAAGGAGGUGCUGGGGGGAGAGAUACUGUUGAAACAGACUGACUUAACAACAGUAUUUACUAAAGCUAUUUGCAGUUCGUUGUUUUUGGUAGAAAUGAGACUCGUGACGAUGAAGAAGCAGUUAAAUCUUAUUCUCUCUAUGCCGACAAUGAACAUAAUCAAAUGCUGGGAAGGAGUUGUGAAAUCAUCUUUAUAUUCUGUAUGCUUUUAGCUGUAUAAUUCAGUGUUUUAAGAAAAAUUCAGUGUUUUAAUAAGAAAAUCAAUGCAUGUAAAUGACCAGUGAAUAAUUGCUGCUGGAAUAUAGAGGAGCACUUCAUUGCUCCAGAUGUCUCAUUAUAUUCAAAAGGCCACUGUUCACUCCAACGCAAUUUGCACAUUCUAUUGGUAAUAGAGACGAUGUAGCAGCUGAUUCUAACUCUCUGUGACCAUCUCUCCCUUUCUCUCCAUCGCUGUAGGCACUUCCUGUUUAAAACCCCGUCCGGGACCACUCCCCUGUUCAGCAGCUCGUCUCCAGGGUACCCCAUGACGUCUGGAACCGUCUACUCCCCACCGCCGCGGCUGCUACCCAGAAACACCUUCUCCAGGAGCUCUUUCAAGCUGAAGAAACCCUCCAAGUACUGCAGCUGGAAAUGUGCUGCCGUGUCGGCCAUCGCUGCUGCCGUCCUGCUGCUUGUGCUGCUCUCCUACUUCAUAGGUAGGGUACAGUACAGUACAAUACAGUACAGUACAAUACAGUACAAUACAGUACAGUACAGUACAGUACAAUACAGUACAGUACAGUACAAUACAGUACAAUACAGUACAGUACAGUACAAUACUAUACAGUACAAUACAGUACAAUACAAUACAAUACAAUACAAUACAGUACAGUACAAUACAGUACAAUACAGUACAGUACAGUACAGUACAAUACAGUACAGUACAAUACAAUACAGUACAAUACAGUACAGUACAGUACAAUACUAUACAGUACAAUACAGUACAAUACAAUACAAUACAGUACAAUACAGUACAGUACAGUACAAUACAGUACAGUACAGUACAGUACAAUACAAUACAAUACUAUACAGUACAGUACAGUACAACACAGUACAGUACAGUACAAUACAAUACAGUACAGUACAGUAGGCCCCCUUGUUAUAGUGAUAUGCUAUCUUCUGCAGUGGUGGAAAAGUCCUACUUGAGUAAAAGUAAAGAUACAUUCAUAGAAAAUGACUCAGGUAAAAGUCACCCAGAAAAAUGCUAUUUGAGUAAAAGUCUAAAAGUAUCUGGUUUUAAAUCUACUUAAGUAGAGUGGUGGAAAAAGUACUCAAUUUUCAUAAAAGUAUUAAAGUGGAAAUGACAGCGUUUUAGCGACAUGAAAUCUUAUUAAAAUCUGUUCAAAUACACCCCCAGGAACAAUAUGACAUUUUUUUUUUACAUUUUCUUACAAGCAAGCACUUUUUUUUGUCAUUUAGCAGACGCUCUUAUCCAGAGCGUCUUACAGUUAGUGAGUGCAUACAUUUUCAUACUGGCCCCCUGUGGGAAACGAACCCACAACCCUUACAGUAGAUAUGGUCAUUUUCACGUUUUCAUAAAUGCAUAGAAUGUUUGGGAAUGACAUAGAGUAAGGCAUUUGUGAAAAUUCUAUAGUAAUAUAGAGUGGAAAAGCGGCUGUGCUUUUGGACAAUUAAUAGACACUGCAGUAAAUAAAACCUCAAAAACAUCUGUCUCCUCCAUGAACGCCAUAGCCAAUCAGAGCUACAGUAGGCCUUUAUGCAAAUAAGCCAUUUGCAACACGGGCCUGUCAUCAUUGACUUUGAACUGGACUGUGUGUUUACAGGCAGUAGAAACAGCGUGACUUUAGAUCUUUAGAACGAACCCAUUCGCCAAAAGCCACAAAAUACACCUGAAUGGAGUCCUCUUACAUUUGGGAACUUUACAGCCCUAUUGAUCAAACAAAACAACCAUGAACAGGUAGGCUCUCUCUCCCUCAGUUAUGCACAUCAACAACAUUAAGAUCAACAACUAAUGCUAGCCAGAGCGAGAUGAGCUAAAAUCUAACGAGGGAACAUUAAAUAGACCCUCUCAAACUUUUUCUGCUAAGCUAGUUGGCCAUCAAAAUUACACUGAUUAACGAUGGGGAAUAGUAGCCUGCUCGUCAUUCUGCAGUUUGCCUGUCAACACAUGCUCGUCCCAAACCACAUUUUGACAACUGAAUGUGAACUUGCCUGCCCGCCGAUUUGAUCAAUGCCAAAUACAUUUGAUUGACAACUAAAGGUGCAUUCGUAAAUUGCCUCCAGUGUGUCAGAGUGCGCUCUGGGUCGUUCGUAAAUUCAGAGCGUUGUCAGAUUGUCUGUUCGUAAAUUCUGAGCGUUUCGCUCUCAAGUCAGAGCGUACACUGCACUAUUGACAUGGACGCUCUUGCCGAGGAGUAGGGUUGAUCUGAGCGUUCCUCACAACGGCAGUCAAGCACCCAAGCUAACUGGCUAAAGUUGGCUAGCUUUCUAGACACAAAUGAGAGAACACCUCACUCUGACCAUUGUAAUCGCCCUAGCAGAGCUGGUUAGACUGUUUACAUGUUAUCUAGAGCGUUAGUGACUAACUGUGCUGCUGGCAACAAUUCAAUAACUUUUUAACGUUUACUGACACCGGUCAUAUUCAGCGGGUGUUGCGUGUUCGUAAAUUCAUCAGUUAUUCUGCGGUCUGGCACACUCGGAUGAGAGUGCUCUGAAAUCGGAGUAGAUAGCCAGAGUGAACUUAAGAACGCAAGAGAUAUGCUGACUGGAUAACAGCGAUUCACAUUUCUUGCUAGCUAACCGAAUGACACCUGCAUCUCUAACUGUAGCCACCGAAAAAAACGAAAGUCGGUCACUUACCCACUCCUCCAAUGACAUGACAUCCUCUCAGCAGCUAGCUAGCUAACAUUAGGCGGCGUGUUUUUAACUUGCUAAAUAAAUAGCUACAGAAAUUAACGCUAAUGAUACGCUACCUAUUACCCACGUUAUGACUGACUUGUGAUCAUUGCCCUCGCUAGUUUGAUUGCAUUGACAUUCCCAGCCUUAGUUAUAUUUGUCAGUUUUUGUCAAAAAUAUUGAGUCACUGAAACUGAAACAGUGCAUCCCUAAUGGGUGGAGGCAGCAAACAAUGUCCCAGGCCAGCUGUGAUUUACAACCUGAUAGCAAUAUUUUUGGACUACCAAGAAAUGUAUUGGUGAAUUAUAUUAAUCAUGCAUUGAACUGCAUCCAUCUAUUCUGGGAUGCCAAUGCUUUAUUAUUGAUAGGUGCGUGAAUUGGACUGUCCUGCCUGAGCAUUCAAAAUGUACCGAGUACUUUUUGGUGUCAGGGAAAAUGUAUGGGAGUAAAAAGUACAUAUUUUCUUUAGGAAUGUAGUGGAGUAAAAGUUGUCUAAAGUAUAGAGACCCCAAAAAACGACUGAAGUACAUUUACUAAAACAUUUUAGUCAUUUAGCAGACACUCUUAUCCAGAGCAACUUACAGUUAGUGAAUGCAUACAUUUUCAUAAUGGUACCCUGUGGGAAUUGAACCCGCAACCCUGGCAUUGCAAGCACCAUGCACUACCAACUGAGCUAAUACUUUAAAGUAUUUUUUCUUAAGUACUUUACACCACUGAUCGGCUAUCAGAUUGGCUUGGCUCAUUUCACCUGUUUGAGAAUGAACUGAGAAUAUGGCCAACUGAAAAUAUUAUUGUCAAGGGUAUGGUUGACUGGCAAACUGUAGGCCUAUCUCUCUAAUGAUAUAAAAAUGCAUAAAUACUUGACAGGGCAAAACAAUUGUUAAAAGCAUGCACAUAUAUCAUAAUUAGCUUGGCAUUUGACAUACAAUGGAUCAAUACGGGCCUGGUUGCAUAUUAUGUUGGUUGCACCAAUUUGUAAGUCGCUCUGGAUAAGAGCGUAUGCUAAAUGAUGUAAAUGUAAAUGUAAAUGUUAUUAUAAAAUGUAAUAUUUAUUCAUGUAUGACCCAGAUGAAGUACUUGGAAAGAAAAGGCAAUAUGAACACUCAGCCUACUCUAGCCAUACUCCAGCAUCGGUUUCAUCACACAAUAUUGACCAUUCGCAUUUUGUUUUGUGAGGUAACGAUUUACAGUCAGAAUGAGUUGUCUCAGGCAGUGUUCAGGUCUGACAUGCUGAUCGUGAGUCAUCGCAAGCACUGCAGGGGUGCAGUGAGCUGUGUUGUUAGUUCCACACACCAGGCUGAGAGAGGAGAGGAGCACGGCUCCCCAAGCCAUGCUCCUCGGAGGACUGUGGACACGGUCGAUACCGAGGCCUAUAGCGCUAGCCGUGGAGAGGAAGAGAGAGAGGGAGCAGGAGUGGCACAGGCUGGGAAAAUGAGAGUUAAAAACCUCAAAGGGGCUUUGAUGAGCCGAUCAAGAGCCUUACUGUGGCCACAUAAUAACAACUAAAGGCCAAUCUCUGUGUGGAGGAAUGAUGGAGGAAUAUCUACACACAGAUACUAUGUACCGGGUGCCAGUUUCUCUACGGGGGACUGUAGUGGUAUUGAGAGCUGGCUGAAUGUGCUGUAUUAAGGGCUCUGUGUGGCAGGAAUAGAGAGUUGUGGUGGCCAAGGCUAUGCGGUAGUGUGGUUUUAGUGGUGGCCAAGGCUAUGCGGUAGUGUGGUUUUAUUUAGACCUCAGCCUUCUUAUAGGGCUUCACUGUUUGGAAUUGCAAUGUUUGUGGAGAUAUUUAUUCGCUGUGAGAUUCCGUUGACACGCUUGUCCUUUUCAAAGCUGAAGACACACUCGAGGGAGGGAGGGAGGGAGAGAGAGAGAGGGAGGGAGGGAGGGAGGGAGGGAGGGAGGGGGAGGGGAGGGAGGGAGGGAGGGAGAGGGAGGGAGGGAGGAGAGGGAGGGAGAGAGGGAGAGCUCAUUGACUUUGCGCAGCCGUGGGUGGAGGCUGGCUGUGUGUGUGUGCAGUGGUGAAACUCCCCCAUUACCUGUGGGAUUAUGUUCGCAUGGUGUGGCACUCAGGCACACCGAGGGAGGCAAGGCCACCACUCAGCAGGCAGAGCGGUAAGGGCUCUGCGGUUCUGAUCCAGCCCCCGAGCCAUGCCAAUACUCUGCGGGCCGGACCUCUGAGCAGAACCGACCCCUGUGCGUGCAGAAAGGAAUGUGGCCAUGGCUUUUUACAAGCAAACAAAACUGGGCCGCUACCACUGAGCUCUUCACUGCAGACACAGACACAGAUUCCACUGAGAGAGGGAGGCCCUGACUGUUCCUGGGAGAUCUGCACUAAUGCAUUUGGAAACGCAGCAGUCAGGCAAAUAUAGGCUAUUUCUGUUCCCCUCUUUCAAAAUAUUAUACUGUCUGUCCAUUUUUUUGAAGUCCAUAAUUAGUAUCUGAAGAGAGCUUCUCUCAGAGACUCAAGACAAAGAAUAUGCCCUGAAAGAGUUGAUUGGCUCCUUUUGAGUGUGCAUGGCAUGCCUCUUAAUGAGCCAAUCACAGGGCUGUUGUUGCAUCAUGAAGGACUGACACCCAUCAGUUGUUCUCGUAUCUCUCCGCUCGUCCAUUCCUCUAAGGAUAUACUCAUCUGGCACAAAUGUAUUUUUUUUUUUUAAUAUUCCUUGUGUUUUGUUUGGAAACACACUCGUUCACAGACCUACCGUAUCCAAGGGGCUGAGAGGUUUACAGUUGCUAGGACACAGAUGAGUAGAGCAGGCCUGAUGCAAGCUGAGCAGAUUUGGCAUCAUCAUGCUAGGUGGGGAGUUUUGCUACUGCCUCUCUCUCUCUCUCUCGCGCUCCUUCUCCUUAAAGGACAGCGGGCCUAAUUUACACUAAUUGGUGAAAGAGGAUGAAAGGAGAGCGAGAUAAAUGAUGAGUACACUGCCUUUUGAUUGGUUCUGCUCCUAGUUAGGUUAGCUGGACUGAACCUGGAGCUGCUGAUGCAGGGGGCUUUCAUUAGGCAUGACAUGAAACCAAGAGAGAUG